GCAGAGCAGCGCAGGGCCGCGGCGGCCGCUCCCUGGCUGGCAGUGCUCGCUAAGAUGGCGGAUUUCCUGCCGUCGCGGUCCCCGCUGUCGGGCUGCUUCCCCGGCUGCCUGCUCAACAGCAGCGAGGCCGAGCAGCAGCGAAAGUCCAAGGAGAUCGACAAGUGCCUCUACCGCGAGAAGACCUACGUCAAGCGGCUCGUCAAGAUCUUGCUGCUGGGCGCGGGCGAGAGCGGCAAGAGCACGUUCCUCAAGCAGAUGCGCAUCAUCCACGGGCAGGACUGGGACCGCGCGGCUCGGGAGGAGUUCCGAGCCACCAUCUAUAGCAACGUCAUCAAGGGAAUUAGAGUCCUUGUGGAUGCUCGAGAGAAACUUCAUAUUCCUUGGGGAGAUCCUGCUAACCAAAAGAAUGGUGACAAGCUGAUGGCUUUUGAUACCCGCUCAGCAUUGGUGGCACAAGGGAUGGUGGAGACCACAGUUUUUUUACAGUACCUUCUAGCAAUAAGAGCCUUAUGGGCAGAUAGUGGUAUACAGCAUGCCUACGAUAGGCGCAGAGAAUUUCAGCUGGGAGAAUCUGUAAAGUAUUUUCUGGACAACUUGGAUAAAUUGGGAGAACCAGAUUAUCUUCCUACCCAACAAGAUAUUUUGCUGGCACGAAGACCAACAAAAGGGAUCCAUGAGUAUGAUUUUGAGAUUAAAAACGUCCCUUUCAAGAUGGUUGAUGUAGGUGGCCAAAGGUCAGAGCGAAGACGUUGGUUUGAAUGCUUUGACAGUGUCACUUCAAUACUGUUCCUGGUUUCAUCAAGUGAAUUCGACCAGGUACUUAUGGAGGAUCGGCUGACAAACCGCCUUACAGAGUCUCUGAACAUUUUUGAAACUAUAGUCAACAACCGAGUUUUCAGCAACGUCUCCAUCAUUCUCUUCCUAAACAAGACAGACUUGCUUGAGGAAAAAGUGCAAAAAGUUAGCAUCAAAGACUAUUUCCCAGAAUUUGAAGGGGAUCCCCACUGCUUAAUAGAUGUCCAAAAAUUCCUGGUGGAUUGUUUCCGUACCAAGCGCAGGGAUCAGCAGCAGAAGCCCUUAUAUCAUCAUUUCACCACUGCUAUAAAUACAGAAAACAUCCGCCUGGUAUUCCGUGACGUCAAGGAUACCAUCCUUCAUGACAACCUUAAGCAGCUCAUGCUACAGUGAUGUGCAAAAAGACUUUGUGUUAGUCGUUUACAGCAGGAGUUGGAGGAAAAAACCCCUGGUCUUGUCAGACCUCAGUGUGUGGAUAAAAGCUGCUGCUGUUCAAGUUAUUGCCAAUUUCUCUUGAAAUUUGGGCUUUAAUCUCUUCCACUGUAGUUUCAUUUUGAAUCAUUUUUAAUUUCUUAACAGACCUCAAGUUUUUAAAGCUAACUCAGAAAUUUUAACCUCUUCCAUCUUCCCAAACUGAUAAAAUGUGUAUUCUUGAAAUAUCCUGUAAUAUCUACAGACAUGUGGUUAAAAUAUCUACAGACACAAUAUCUACAGAACCCACUUUGAAAACUUGAUAAGUAAAGAGGUCUGGUGAUAUGUGAAAGGGCUGUAGGAAAAAUGUGAUACAUUUGUACUUGCAGGCAACUUUCCAAGUAUGGCCUUUUUUCCUCCAGAGAUUGUUCUGCAUGGUGAACAGCUAUGCUUUUUAAAAUAACCAGUCUGUAUUUUAAGUUUACAAAUGCAUUUUUGCUUCCAUGCCAAUAGGAGAUGCUCUCAAAUGGUACCAGAAAGGAAAUCAGCUGCCGUUUACUACCACUGAAUAUGUCAGAUGGAAUCAGUCAUGCAAAGGGAUGCUCUGAUCUUGAUUGGUCAUUGUAAAAUCAUAACGGUUUAACAAAAUGCUUUAUGCUUUACAGUUUGGAACUAAGCUAACCUAAACCACGUAGUUGCCUACAGCUUUGGAAAUAUCCAUGAGUUAUGAAUUAUCAGUUGUACCCUUUUUCCUUCAGUAAGUCUAGACUCUGUGUCUUGGGUGAUACAUGGAAGAAGCUAACAAAAAGGUUUUUUUCCUGCUAAAGAGUACUUGUGUUUAUGGAUAUCAGAUACAUGUCGAAGUAGCAUAACAGUGUUGAGAGUAGACACAGCUGUAUUGUGUUGGCCAUUGUAUUGGUAGCCAAAAAAGGCUACACAUCUUUGCAGAAAGAAAAGAAGCUUAAAGCAACUGAGUUACAUCCCAGAUAUAAUGUAUUGCCGAAGUAUGAUUUUUAUAAAAGUACUCCCAUCAGCUAUGACAGACCUAUGACUCAGGCUUGCAAACAAAUACUUACUGAAAAUAGAACAGAGUUGUUGAACUAAUAACUGUUUUCAUCUCAUUUUUGAGGAAGCUGGUGGUACCAGAGGUGACUUAUGAUUUCUCAGGUAUUGGUUAGAAGUCCAUUUAUUACCAGUCACUCUUUGGACUGUAGUUUAAUUAAUGGUAAAUUUUCACAGGUAUUAUACUAUGCUUUAAAGACAUCUGUAAAAGGGAUUGACACUUUUUUCUGAUCCAAUGCUUGAAUGCCAUAAAUAUCUAACUGUUAACAUGACCAGAGAUUAGCAGGGCAGUUUCUGUUUUCUGUUGCAUAGGCCAAAGUUUGCAUUUGAGAGUGAUAGAAAUGCAUUAAGGGCUACUAUUAUGGAAUUUUUAGAAUGGAUGGAAGUCAGUAAAAAUCUCAAUAUUUUUGCAAAACAUUUUACUUUUGCCAUAUGUUAGAUGAAGGUAGUUUUAAGAUCUUAUGCCAGUUGUGCAUUAAUGUAAUAGGCUUGACUUUCUUCAGUGGGCCUAGUCCAGCAUCAGUAAGCAUUGUAAAGUGAUUCAAAAUUCAUUAACCUAAAGUGCCUCUUAAUUUGUUUUCCUUGCAGUGUCCUUAUGAGAAUGUCAGUUUCCCAGUGAGUGGCUUUUGGAAUGGGAGAUAUACAGUACGAAGACAACUCCAUUCCCCAGGCUCUGCAGAGAGACUGCCAUUAGCUUUACCCAAUAUGCAAUUAAAACAAAAAAAACCCAAAACUGAACCAGAAUCCUAAUUGUUCUACUGGUGCCAUUUUUGUCACUUCUGCAUUUUAGAAUUCUAUCAAAAUGCCAAGAGACAGAGUCCUUUUUACUAAAUGUGUGUGUGUACUGAGCAGUAGAUACAUUAACAGAAUUGUCAGUUGGAGCCAUCAAAACUCUUGACUGAUGUGUUAGUUGAACAACAGUUGUUUCAUUGGUUCAGUUUUAUAUAUUGUGUGGGGUGGAGAUCAUGUAGAGUAAAGACAUUUUCCAUUGUACUCUAGAAAGAUAGUUGUAAGCAGAGAGUGAAGGGAUUGUUUUCUGAAGAACAAACCUUUGCUUUAGCAUUAUAACUAAGGAGAUUAAAGUUUGGGGGUAAUUUACAUAUAUGGCAGUAUGAUAAUGUAUCUGUCUCUGGCACCUUUUUAAACAAACAAACAAACAAAAAAUUUGGGGUUGCUGCAAGUGUAAAUAGAGAAUGGGGGGUUGCUUAACCUUUUUUUCUCCAGUAGUUUUCCCAUUCAAAAUGCCACCAUUGUUUCUCUGUGCCAGAGAAAAUAUGAAUACUAGUAUCUAUUACAUGAAAUCAGUAUUUAUGUCAGAAAUUUAGCAGAAAUGUUAUGUCUUUAAAUGUCAGACAAUCACCACCCCAUAUUCAGCAGUGGUCAGUCUGUGGCUCAGGAGCUACAGGUAACUUUUAGACAGGUAUUUUAUGGUUCACUAACUAGUGCACUAUGUAACUUCCAUGGCACUUAGGUGCCUUUUGUGUUUUUCCCACAUACUUGGUCAUUUUCCUCUCUUCAUGCAUCAGCUAUAACCUUAUAAUCCUAGCUUCUGCCCUGAUGGCCUAUGGAGCUGAAGUAAGUGUGUGAAAGAUCUCACACCCUCUCCCUUCCCUUAUCAUGAGUGUAUGGAAAUGGAAUGAGGUGAAUGGAGGAGCCAGUUCAGCAGUGGUAUAUACUUUAGCUUGCCUAAUGCUGCUCAUUAGCAGCCACCAUUUUCACUGCUGCCCCUUAUAACUUUGAGUAGCAUGAUCAAAAGAGUUCCCUGUUAUUGCCCAUGCACUUUUGCCUUCCUAAUUUUCUUGUCCAACUGACCUCUUUGGGAGGGGGGCGGGUUGCCCUACCUUUCCUUUUUCCUCUUUACUUGGGAGGUCUACAGCCAUUGCUACCUGUGAAAGAAGAGCUCUGCAAGAAAGAAACACUUUCCUCACUGUUGGGUCCUGUGCCUGUUUACUUGGCAGUAAGUCCCAUUGGUUUUAGGAGAGCUUACUCAGCAUAUGGUGUGAAUAAUAUUCAGUCUUUAUGGCUUGAACCUAUGCCUGUUUGGGUUGCAGCCCAAUCCUGUGUUUGCUUACUGGCAGUAAAUCCUAUUGAUUUCAAAAGGGCCUGUAUGCUGGGGUGCAUGUUCAAGUGUGAGACUGCAUCCUCAAGAGUAUAAGAGGCCUCCAUGGUAGGAGGUAGCAGUGUAAGGGGGAAGGGGCUGAUGUCCAGAAGAUGUAAUCAGCAGAUAGGCUGUUCGCUUAAUUGUGUUACAUCUGUGGGCACGCACAAGCAUAAGCAGGCUGCUUUUCUCACUCGAAGGGCCAGGACCAGGGUCAAUGUUUGAUAGACGUUUAGAUUUACAUGGAUUUUUUACCAGCUUUUGCACCAAGCUGGAAAAGUUCUUACCCGUCGCUCCAUUCCCCACAAACAAGCCAUGAUGAAUCAAGUAUGAUCUUAACGUUUCUGUACAAUAGAGUAUUGCCCCAGAAAAGCACUUGUAUGUCUUGUGGCUUUACAAAUUCUGAAAAUUGUAAUUUAAACUUGGGAAGCUGACAGAUUUGGCCAUUCUAGCUAUACAGAAUGAUUGUCCCAUAAAUCAGAGAAAGCUGCUUCUGCUUCUUUUUUUUUUGCCCUGAUAAGUGAGCAAGUUUGACUGUGUUGGAUUUGAGACACUAGACUGAGGAACUUGAAGAAACAAUUCGAUUUUCCUGUACUCUCAAGGUGUCUGGUAUUCUGGGAACUUCUUCAAGUGUCCACACUCCAGAAAUGCUCUUACCAGAGCAAACACAGGUUACCCAAAUGUAUUUCUUGCUAACAGGAAUAGCUUGCUCAGUCCUCUAAAUUCCACCACUUGAAUCAAUUUAUAGGAUAUUCUUAGGUUAUGCCUUAGCCUCUUGGUGAGUUUGAAAUACCAAAGUGUAUUUUCAGAUACCUCUUCCAAAUAAAGAGCUAAUUUGCCAGAUGUUAAAAAUUCUCAGAAAAGUAAUUUUUUUUUAAAAAGUUUCUGUUAAAUAUUUUAACUUUCACAAAUUCAGGGUGAUUUUUUUAAAAAAUCUUAAAUUUACUGUUAGGGUUUUUUCAGACUACAGUGCCUAUGAAUUUUAUGGGAAGCAAUUUUAAAUCUGAAACAAAACAACAAAGGUAAUUAUUUAAAAGUAAAGUGGUUUGUUUGUUUUUUUUAAAUGUAGGUCUGUUGAUUGAAUCCUAAGCAUUCUUUUGGAUCCUAAGCAUUUCUGGUGCUUUUGGUGGCAGAAGAGGGGGCAGCAAUUUCUUCUUCCCACUGUAUGGUCCUGUGUUGUGUUCCUGUGCUGUUUCUGUAGGCCCCUUUACCCUUCAAGGGGCUAAGUAGAUUAGAGUACGAGUUGAGGGUGCAGAUGAGUCCAACUCAUAAGCUUCACUCUGCCAAUUACAGUUACAGUCCAACACCUUAAUCUUAGGCUUGGGUGGGGUUUGCAGAGUUUAAACUGAUUUCUCGAAAACAAAGCCCUAUUUUCUCACUGGGAAAUAAAUUUUGGUGCAAGAGGGAACUAAUGUCAUCCUACUGUUAGAUUCUGUGCAACAUUCAUCCCACAAAAAUAAUUUGAAAGAACCCUUGAGAUAGAGAGAAGGGGGGGAGCUUGGGGCAAGGGCAGGAAUUUCCAGGGUGGGCAUUUGUGAGCAUGGUCUCUCUGGAUGUGUCUCUCAUAACCCAACUGUGGUGAUAACUGUAAGGUUAGUUUAGAAACUAAUUUUAAGAACCCAAGAAGCAAGGUGGUGGCAGAAGGUCCCUUUUCUAACUACAGUGCUUCCUGAUCCAGAUUAAUUAGUUUUCUUGUAUGCUAGUCAUAGUCUCCUGCUAAUUUUCUACAAGCCUCAAUGAAGGUACUAUGACAUAGCCAUCUCUACAAUCAAUGUCAUAAGGAUUACAUAGCAUUGUAAUAGUGCCAUCUGCAGUUUCUUUACCUUAUACUUGAAAGCAAAUUAUUGCCGCUUAUUGAAAACUUUCCCGUCUGUCCACAGCAGUGAAAGCUUGUUUUCUAUAAAGCCUUAUCUAAAAAAUAUAUAUUUUUAACAACCUCACAAACCUUAUCUAAUGAAAUCAAGAUUUGUAUUAGCUUUGUAUAAAUGAGGGGCUUUACUUUUUUAUAUACAUGUUAACUUCUGUAACUUUCCAGGGAUAAAGAGAAUCUCUUAACUUUGUAAAUUUCCCCCUUGCCUUAGUUCAGCAUUGGCAAUAAAUUAUUUCUAAAGGUUUUAAAGGCAUAAUUUUAAGAAGGUUCGAUUACUAAUAAGAUGAUGAAAGCCUGUUUUAGUUGUAUAUUUUUCUGUACAUAUUUUGCAGAAAUGUUGCCUUCCAGCUAUUAAUAUUUGCCUUGUGUAAAAUAAAUUACUGACAGUAAAUAAACAACAUAAAACUUCA